AUGGGAAGAACUUCUGUCCUUGCGGACGCCCUUAAGUCCAUUAAUAAUGCCGAGAAAACAGGUAAAAGACAAGUUUUGAUUAGACCUUCUUCAAAGGUUAUCGUCAAGUUCUUGCGUGUUAUUCAGAAGCAUGGAUACAUUGGUGAGUUCGAGUACAUCGAUGAUCACAGAUCUGGCAAGAUAGUUAUUCAGUUAAACGGUAGGUUGAACAAGGUUGGUGUCAUUCAACCAAGAUUUAAUGUCAAGAUUAACGAGAUUGAGAGAUGGACCGACAACUUGUUACCAGCCAGACAGUUUGGUUUCGUUAUUUUGACCACCUCUGCUGGCAUUAUGGACCACGAGGAGGCUAAGAGAAAGCAUGUUUCAGGUAAGAUCUUGGGUUUUGUUUACUAA